AUGGUUCCCGUCACUGUCAUCAUGGGUCUUGACGGCAGCAUCAGCGGCGCCGUCAAUCCAAUCGUUUCUACCUCAUCGAUCAACCUCUCGCCCACUCAAGCAUUGCCCUGUCCAAUCCUCAAACUACCGGCCGAGUUGAUCGGGAGCAUCUGCAUGUACCUGACCCCAAACAUCCGUCUGAAGGUACAACGAAUGGUCUACGGUCUCGGCGGCCAUGGCCACCUCGUCACAGUCCUCAACCCGCAGGACUGGCGCGCGUACCACAACUUCUCGAUGACGCGCUGGGAACUCCGAGCGAAGUGCCUCGGGGCGAUCAAGAGCGCCCGCAAGACUCGCGACUUGGUUCUCAUCAUGGAGAUGGAACGCCACACUAACGAUCCUACCUCGCAACUUGAGUUGGGCAAAGCACCUUUUACAAGUAAGGUCAGGAGCCUGAUGACGUUCUUGAACAAGUUCAAUGGGCUUGAAAUCAGCACGGUCAUCUCCAUGUCGAAAGCGGUCCAUGGAGCCCAACCUGCCGCAUACACUCCUGGAGAUGACAAGCUCACCAAGCGCACCACCGUGAUGAUCGAUAUUGCCAAACCGCUGCGUCGAGAUCGCGCGCCCCACCCUGCCGAUCUGAGCAACAUCGUCUCGAUCGAAGAGGAGAUUCUCUGGGACACCGUCAAGCCCGCCGACGCUGCCGCUUUUGCCGCUGUGCAGGCGAAUAUGCAAUAUGUUCUCGACUUCCCUGUCCAAACGGGCGUUAACGUGGAAGUGCCGUACCUGCCCACGAUCACUGGUAAAGGUCUCCAUGAGCUGGGUCUUGUCCUGGCCGUUCGCGCUCGGGAGUAUGCCAUGCAGCAGGUCGACGUUGUGAGCGGGCACGAGGAGCUCAUCAUCAAGAAGCACAAGAGCACCAUUAAAUGGCUGGGAUGCAUAGAGCGGUGGCGGACAGAGCGUGCGAAGCGCAAAGCUGAGGAAGAAGCCGCUAGAGCGGAGCAGGCGGACUCCGAGGGAGAAGAGGAGUAG